CCGAAAGAUUCCUGCCUGCGACCUCACCCGAGCUGCCUCUAGCAACACAUCCCCAUUGCCAGCUCAGCCCAUCAUGAACUCCUUCCGCUUCGCGCGCGCGGCCGUCCGAGCCCGCCCUGCUGCCUUCCGCGCUCCCCUCCAGCGCAGAACCUACGCAGAUGCCGUCCCGGACAAGAUCAAGCUGAGCUUGUCCCUUCCUCACCAGUCCAUCUACCAGUCCCAGGAUGUCGUCCAGGUCAACAUCCCCGCCGACUCCGGCGAGAUGGGUGUCCUCGCCAACCACGUUCCCGCCAUUGAGCAGCUGAAGCCCGGUCUGGUCGAGGUUGUCGAGGAGAGCGGCCCCAGCAAGCAGUUCUUCCUGUCCGGCGGCUUUGCCGUUGUCCAGCCCAACUCCGUUCUCAGCAUCAACGCCACCGAGGGAUACCCCAUUGAGGACUUCAGCGCCGAGGCUGUCAAGUCCCAGCUCGCUGAGGCCCAGAAGGUCGCCAGCGGCAGCGGAAGCGAAUUGGAGAUCGCCGAGGCGAAGAUUGAGGUUGAGGUUCUUGAGAGCCUCCAGGCUGCCCUGAAAUAGAGUGUAAAAGAAGGUCGUGGCAGACACAUGACGUUGUACAUCAAGACUCGGAUUCCCUUAACUCUAUCUAACAUCGCAUAAUUGAAUCCACUUGCGACGUUUCUAGCGUUCUUUCUCUCUCAAAAAAACCAUCAUUGCGUGCAUGCUAUGGAUGUUGCGUCAUGUAUCAGACGGUCCUUCCACGAAGUGACUACACGGGUCGAGGCUACCCCAGAUACCAGGCCGGUCCUGUCUCCUACUCAAGAGAAGCCCCUGCCUGCGUUCUGCCUUUUGGACUCGUUCCAGAAACUACUUAUCC